AUGUCAGAAGGGAGGAUCAGCGAGUUGAAACACGAUUACACGUGUAGCGCUUCAGAGGAUGUUGGUGUUAGACUGGCGAAGCGACUUACCGACUUCCUCAAGGAAGGUGUUGGCUGUGACGUCAAAUUCGUCGUCGGCACUGAGCACGAAGUUGUGCUGGCUCAUCAAAUCGUACUUGCUUGUAGCUCCGAGGUAUUCGCAACAAUGUUUUACGGCAAAAUGGCGCAAAGUAAGUAA